CUAUAAAUUUUUAAAAUUGCUAGAGAAUAAAAAAUUAAGUCACUAGAAAUUUGACAUUUUAACUGUCAAAAACUUGUCAGGGGAUUGUAAGGUUAUUUCCAAUUGUAACAAAUAAUAAAAAUUAUAUAACAGCACAAUGUCGGCGUCAGGUCGAGCUUCCAUUGGUUUACUAAAACGUGGUUGGCAUGAGAUUCCUGAUGUGAUGGGCAGUGGUGUAAUGGCUCUCAUUGGACUUGGGCUGGGGGCUAUCUCUUUUCAUUUAUACUACAAUGUUAAAGACGGGGACAACAGACGGUACAAAAUCGAAUACACAGUGAUUCGUCAUGAUGAUCCCCGCGCAGAAAAAGUUAGGAAGGAUUAAAGACACUAGAUAAUCAAUAUACGUUUUAUUGUAGUACCAUUUGUUUUGUUUAAUAAAUUAUAAUUUCA